GAUGAGUGUUAUCAGGUGCGCCAGAUCUUUGCUCAGAAGUUGCAUGUUGCUCUGGUGAAGCUGUUGUUGCCACUGGAGUACAUGGCUGUGUUUGCAUUGUGCGCUAAAGACCCAGUGAAAGAGCGCCGUGCUCAUGCCAGACAGUGCCUGCUCAAGAACAUCAGUGUCCGCAGAGAGUACAUCAAACAGAACCCCAUGGCCCAUGAAAAGCUGCUGUCUCUCCUGCCAGAAUAUGUGGUGCCAUACAUGAUCCAUCUUCUAGCUCAUGAUCCAGACCUUACCAAACCACAGGAUUUGGAGCAGCUCAGAGACGUCAAAGA